AUGCUGCUCACGCCUCGCACCUACUCCCUCGCUCACAUUGCCGACCAAGGUCGCAAACGCCCUGAACCCUCGUAUUUCGUGUGUAUAAAAUCGCGGAAGGAACGGGAAGCCGAGGAAAAGCGCGCGCUGAAGAUGUUGCUGCUGCACCAAAAGGGGAGCGUGAAGGUGGGAGAGGUUGUGAGAUAUACCCUCACGUACACACCUUCCGAAGACCGAAUAUUACCGCCCCCUUCUUGCCUCCAUGUCCGCAUACGAAAUUCCUCUGCAAUACCUCUUCGCGCCGCAUACCUCCACGGACCAUAUACGAUCCACGUAUCCGCAUACCCUUCCACCUUUAACCCCAACAAGAAGGCUGAUGAGUCGAAAAUCUACGGGGACCCUGACUUUGAGCCUAAUGUCAAGGCAGGUGGAUACUGGAACACCAAGUUGACAGUUCCGGAAGAAUACAGAAAUGAUACCAGGGAGCAUGACGGCACAUCGAAAAGCCUCACAUGGAUUAUCGAGGUCGCCUCGCAGAUCAUCUUCUCGAACUCCGCGUCUGUAAACUACGAAUUGCUAGUGGCACGCGAUGAACGAUCGCUGGAUCUAGGCUUUACUGCUGUUACCGGAAAUAGUCAUGGAACACCAGGAAAGGUGCAAGAUCACCAACAGGGCAGCCAGAAACAUGUCUCGAACCACGCUGCACAACCUAAGGGGGUUUACUCAAAAGCGGUCAAAUUAGUGGUUGACGAUACUACAAGCUUGUGGAAUACGCCUGAACUACCAGAGUGGAAGGAUGAUGAUCAAGGCCGUUCCAAGGGGUCAAAGGAUCACGAUAUUCUGGCGGAAAGUCGACGGAAAAAGAAGAAUAUACACCUUGUGAUAGUAACACAUGGCUUGCACAGCAAUCUCGGUGCGGAUAUGCUGUACCUAAAAGAGAGCAUCGACGCGACGGCAAAGCAAGCGCGAGAAGAUCGACGGCGGCGGCGCAAGGAGGCGAAAGGUGCUAAAAGCACUGAACAGAAUCAGGACACAUCGACAGCACCAUUAUCGGGCGGCCAAGAAGAAAUACCAGAUGAGGAGGAGGAUGACGAUGAAGAAGACGUCAUUGUUCGUGGUUUUGACGGAAAUGUAAUACGUACCGAGCGCGGUAUUCAAUACCUUGGGAAGCGACUCGCCAAGUACGUGUUGAGUCUAACCUACCCCGAUCAACCAUUCUUGCCGAUCAAAAAGUCGAUGGGACAGAAGCUAUCCAAUACCUUUUCGCCGACGAAAGAUAAGUUCGACGAAGGUAUACCGUCCCAUCACGGUAGUAGUGUGCACCACACAGCUUCAGGGAACGACAAGCGUGCAUACAAGUUCACUAGUAUCAGCUUCAUUGGUCACUCUCUUGGAGGGUUGGUGCAAACGUACGCUAUUGCAUAUAUCCACAAGCACUCCCCUCACUUCUUUGAUACGAUCAAACCUAUCAACUUCAUCGGUAUGGCGUCACCUUUCCUAGGAUUGAGCAACGAGAAUCCCACCUAUGUCAAAUUCGCACUCGACUUCGGCCUAGUUGGGAGGACAGGGCAAGACCUUGGUCUGACCUGGAGAGCACCGACACUAGCAAAGAGUGGCUGGACUGCCAUGGGCAACGUGUUUGGUAAUCAGAGCCAGGACCAACAUCAAGAAGACCCUGGUGCAAAGCCUCUGCUGCGCAUACUCCCUACUGGACCAGCUCACCAAGUCCUGCGAAGAUUCCGAAACCGCACUUUGUACUCUAAUGUUGUCAAUGAUGGUAUAGUACCAUUGCGCACGAGUUGUCUCUUGUUCCUCGAUUGGAGAGGCUUAGGUCGUGUUGAAAAGGCGCGCCGAGAGAACGGUCUCAUUGGUACGGUAGCUGUAUGGGGUUACGGCCAACUUACUGGACAGAACUCAUCACCAAACCCAUCCAGAAUCGGAUUUUCGGAUGACGAGGGUUCAGGGGUCGAAUCGCCUACACACAAUGGCGACGGCACCGCCGUACCUUUGCCAGGCGCCGAUGUUACGAACCAGGAAGAUGAAGCACAGGCAUCUUCUGCUGAGCCAACAGCUCACCAGUUCCUUGAAGGGCAAAAAAAGAGUCCAGAAGCAAAGGAGCCAAACGACCAAUACUUCCAGCCGCAAAACACUUUGAUGCAGCUCUGGAGCUAUAUAAGGCCGACCGGAAAGCAUACUUCCCGCGACAAGAAGAUGUUCAGUCGUAGUCAGACCAUAUACAAAGAUGAAGAAGACGAGCGGGUUUCGACUGAAGCAGAGAGCUCGACGUCGUCACACUCCACACAACCAAGGAAGCGACCCCAGGCGACCCGUGGUGACUCCAUCGUCGACAACCCCAAAAGUCACCUAGCACCGCCCAAAACGACGAUUUUUGAGUCCGCUGGUGACUUGAUAAAUCCUCCUGUCCCCCCAAUGUCCUGGAUCACAGACCCGUCCACCCGAGCACGCACCAUCUUCCACGACAGAAUUUAUCAUCCUGAAGAUAUUCCACCACCGCCUACGAAGAAGAAGCCAGCACGUAACUUUUCUGGUGAUAGCACCGUCUCUCAGACAUCAACAGCAACCAUCGACGAAAGCGUGAUGCGUGUGGAAGAGAAGAUCGCUCGCGCUUAUCACAAGGAUCUCUCAUGGCGUAAGGUUCUCGUCAGUCUCGAGCCGGACGCGCAUAACAACAUGAUCGUACGCCGCAUGUUUGCUAACGCUUACGGCUGGCCUGUGGUCAAGCACCUCUGCGAUACGCAUUUCGCGGAUACGUACUCUGCCAACACGCGGGAUGAAGAUGAGCCUGCCCUUGAUCGUGCGCAAGCUGUGAACAAACCGAUCACUCAGGAUGGCGAGCAUGUCAAGGGGCAAGAAAGGUUACAGCCACCUAUCGAGCGUACUGACAGCGAGAUGAGGGAAGUUGCCGACGAACUAGCCCCGCUGAAGACGCCCAGUCUGAGGAUACCCAAGAGAUCAAACACAACCGAUUCGACCCGUAGUACUGGAUCUGGCGAUUGGGAUAGUAUCUACUUCAAUGAGACUAGCGACGAGGAAGACGAAGUGGAUGACCGAAACGCUGUGCAGAAAUUCUUCCAGCCUAAUAUGCCUAGAAGCCCGCGAAGUCCUUCUGGAGCUAUACCGAAGACUCCUGAUGGCAAGGGCACAAGCGAAGCAGAUAUCUCCGACUUUCUUCAUGGGUCCAGUUCGGUUGAGGUUCACCGAGGUCUUGGCGCAAGUCCGAGCAAGAAACCAGCUAAGUUGACCCGCGAGCCAGACUCCAUAGAGCCUGUUGACGAGGCACCGAGCGUUCUUGACGAAACGAGACAAGCACCCAGUCCGGUCGAGACGCCUGUUGGCAGGAUUAGUGGAGUGGGAUUGAGAAGUUCGAUUGAUAUCCCUGCAUCGCCAGAGGGCGGUCGAGCAAGAAGCGGCAGUACUAGUGUCGCUGAGCAGGUCGCCAGACUUAGCAGCUCCAAGAGUGAUAAAGACACAUCGGGCUCGUAG